GCGAGACGUGUGUACGUGCUAACGUUAUCCCCGACAUUCGUGUUACUGAAGUUUCGUCGUGUGAUAGUGAUGGUGCUCGCAGACUUCCUCACCGAGACCAGAAGGCGAUGGCUAAAGGCCUUCAAACUGUUCAAGGGCAACAAGAGUCGCAAGCCGGCGCGCAACCGCGUGUCUCCCGCGUUGGUGCGUUCACCGUCGCUAAGUGGCACGGUAGACGCCCGCGCGGAAAUAGACGUGCGAAACUUCUGCCCGUGCCGCGCCUCCAUGCCACCGUUGAACCUCGCUAACGAGUCCUACGAUAACGCUUCACAUUACAACAGCUAUAAUAGCUACAGUUCGCACAACAAUAGCUUGCAGAGCUAUUCCAAUGAUAGCGGCCGCUCGGACUCCGCGUACGAAUCGACGCGGAGCAGCCCCGCACACGCCCGGCCUGUAUGCUACGCGACUGUCACAUAUUUCAAUGUGAACGACAGCGAGGACAGCUGUAGCAUACAUACUGAGUAUACCACCCUGGAUUAUGACCCUGAUGCUGAAGACGAGAGCAAACAGAACGAGAUCAACGAGAGCAUCGAACUGGUUAGCACGUUGUGAACGUAUUCUGACAAACACUAGAAUGUGUCUGUACGUGGUAUACGAUUUUGAAUUGAUAAAGGAGCGUUCCUACAAAGCAGUGCGAAAGUUGUAGAGCAUGUAUUUGUUGGACAAGUGUUGUAGUUUCGUGAGUAUCAAAUUUAUAUGUUAAUUUACUGCCCACGAAUACUUGGAUAUUCGUAACUCUAUAUUUAGUAACGAAAUGUAGUGAAAAUGGCAGUUUAAUAUUGAUAAUGGCCAUAAGUAAAUAAUAUAAAUUAUAACACCUUAUACUGGAUUGGAACUAUGUGUAAAAGUGUUAUAUCAACCAAUACAUUCCAUGAGUAUACUAAAUAUUAAAUCUGAUAGAAAUUAUUUUAAUUAACACAAGACGCUAUAGUCACUUAUUUAAAAAUAUUUUGAAAGUUCACAAUAUUCAGUUCCGUCCUAGAAUUUACUGCACAAAUAUGCCAUUUAAUUAAUUACUCGAUAAUUGUUUAAACAAUAAACGAAAUGUUUAUUGAUCAUUUUAUAUAAUUCACAAUAUAUGAGCCUUACGCGUGUGCGUCGUUGUAAUCCAUCUUAACAUAUAAGUGUUAAAUGACCUCCGAUCAUGUAAAGGUCAUUUACAUUUCCCAAUACUAAUCAAAGAAUAUACAUUAUAUAACAAGUAUUUCUGAACUGUAAAGCAAUUUAAUAUUAAAAUAAUAACAAAUUUUCUGAUUCAAAAUUAUCUGGAACAUAUCACUUUUAGGUUCUAAUAUUUUGUGGUUAUUUUGAACAAUUGUAUUUUAAAUGUUUUUUUUAAAUGAAUGCAUAUUACAAAAAGUGUUAUAACCUAACCUAUUCUAAAGAACUAUGUUCUUAAAAAUGACCGUUCUUGAACGAACGCAGUAAUCCCGCUAGAACUUCUGAGAGUUUAAGUAAUGUACGGGAAGAUUUUAAUCCGGGAAAGUCGUUAUAAAUUUUAGACAAACCACAACGAAGUAAUACAAUCUCUUAAUAUCUUGAAAGUAAAAUUUUAACUAAAGAAAAAGUAUGAAAGUAUUCAGAAAGUUUAAAUUAAAGCUUAAAAUAGUGUAUAUAUUUAUAAAUUGAAAAUUUUAUAAAUAGUUAUUGAGAAACCAAUGCAUUUACAAUAGAUAUUAUUUCUGAAUGUAAUUAAUUAUACCUUAAGGCCCUGUCCCACCAAAUUGUAAAUUGUCUGAAAACAAUGCAACAUGU